CAGAUACUAUAGUUAGAAGGUAGAAGAAAUCAAUUAAAUAUGUCUUUUUCUCCUAGUAUACAGGACUAUUGUUCACCAACGAAAAGCUUUAUCCUCUGAAAAGAUGCUCUCAUCUUCUUAUUCAAGUCGUGAUCAUCGAUGGUUAAGAAGUUCACAUGAAGGACACGGUGCUGCCGCUGACAAUAUUUCACUCGUCUUUAACAACGCACUCUAGAUAUGAUGGUCUCCCUUUUCUUCUUCGGAUCAUUGUAAAGAGCGCGGUGGUGAUCCUGAAACUAUUCCGCUCGUCAUACUCGACAAUACUAUGCGAAAAUUACUACUCACGCCGGAGAUGGGAUACUUCAUGUAAGUGCCGACUUCAACAAUGCACACGUGACAAAAUUGAAUUUGAAGGAAGCAACGACAAAUAAAGCUUCGGCAACGUCAAGUAUUGGAGUGAAAGACAGUAAUGGGCGAAGUUGAAGUGGUACAUACUGCAACAUGCUCGAGAAAUCUGUCGACAUGUUUUGUCUUUUUUAUAUAAUUGAACGCUCCGAACGAAAACGCAUUUGAGAUCAGAAACCUUUAAAACGGCAAUGUGCGUUGCUGACGUUUACGAAGACACUGUGUACAAGAUAAAACAAAAAUUAGCUUUUCAUUCUAGCGCAUUACAUUUCACCGUCUAUGGCCGUAAAACUACUCGAACUGUGGUACUAUCGGUAAGUGUUAUCAAUCAAAAUACUCCAACGUCAGACUUCGGUACUAGCACCGGCAUCAAGAACUACCGGCACCAAUACCACCGUGCAA